AGCACUAGCAGGGCGCGGGCCACGACACGAGACGCGAGACGAGCAGAGGGGGACUCGCGAGUUCGCACGCAUAUACCGGCAGCGUAGAUUGGCGCACGGCCAACACAGCGAAUUCGUUCGCCGGCUCCCAACAAGAACGCGUCGUCGCCGACAUAUACAGCGUGAGCGCCAACCUAACCGAGGGGGAGCAUACAUAUAGAUAUAACCGCUAUUAAUCCUACGGUCGUGGGCGAGUCGGUUCGUGAAAAUGGCCGGGGAAAAGCGCAGCCAGGAUCAGGACGAGAUCUCACUCGCGAAGACGGUGCUCGUCGACAUCGAAGGCACCACCACGAGCAUCAGCUUCGUGAAGGAGACUCUCUUUCCUUACGUGCGUCAGAAUCUAAAAGACUACAUUGAGACGAAGUGGGAGGAUGAGGAGUUCAAGCAAGAUUACGAAAAGUUAAAGGAACAGGCAAAAAAGGACGAGGAAGAAAAAUUGGAAGGUUUUAUAGCAAUUACUGGCGAUAAACCCGAAGAAGAAAAAGAUUCACUUUUGAAAAAUGUUUUAUGGCAAAUGGACAACGAUCGUAAGACAGCUGCAUUAAAGCAACUACAAGGACAUAUGUGGCGUGAAGCAUAUAAAACCGGCACAGUUAAAGGACACAUUUAUGAAGAUGUUCCUAAAGCGAUUGAAUCAUGGACAAACAAUGGCCAAAAAAUAUAUGUCUAUUCAAGUGGCAGUGUUGAAGCACAGAAGCUCCUUUUUGAAUAUUCUGUACAUGGUGAUUUGCUUAAGUAUUUCAACGGUUUCUUUGACACAGAAGUUGGUGCAAAGCAAGAAAGUGACAGCUAUAAAAAUAUAUUAAGUAAAAUCAGUGAAAACUCUUCCGAUGUUGUUUUUCUUACUGAUGUUGUAAAAGAAGCCGCAGCUGCCAAGGAAGCAGGUUUAUCAACAGUAAUUGUAGUACGUGAGGGUAAUGCUCCACUGACUGAUGAAGAAAAUGUUACAUAUACAACUAUUAAGUCCUUUUUGGAUUUGACAUUUCAAUCGUCUACAAAGCGGCAAAAAAUAGAAACGACAGAUGAUAAAGUUGAUGAAGGUACAGCUGACGUUAGUGAGCCAAUGGACACUUCCGAAGAUGUAGAAAUGUCCAAUGUCAGUGAUAAAAAAGUUGAAAAAAAUGAUGCAAAAGAAGUAACUGAAUCGAUAGAAAAAGAAUGUGCAAAGGACCAACCAUCAGAAAGCACUUCAAUUUCAUCAGAACAAGUAGAAGAAUCAGGGGUAGAUGAAAAAGACAUUUCAAAUACUGAACAGAAGAUAACAGAAUCUAAUGUCAAAUCCGAGGAAAGCACAAAUGAGGAGUCAGGUUCUUCUGAAAACGCAAAAAGUGACGUGAAAGAUGAUGUCAUACUAGCCACAAAAGACAAUGAUAAAGACAUUGCAGAAAAGACUGAAGAAAAUUUAGAUACAACUGCAACUGAAAUUACCCCUGUAGCCGAUGAUUCCAUGGACGUGUCCGUACCAGAGUCUGCAUCAAAGUCUGAGACCACUAUCACGUCUUCCGAGAAAAAAAUCGAAGAUUCUACAGAUGUUACAAAAGAUACACAAGUUGAAGAUGUCGAUAAAACUGAAACGAUUGAAAGUGAUGAAAAAGCAGAUAACAUUGUACCACAAUCACAAACUUGUGACAAAAAUAUAGCAAAAAAAUCUGAAGAAUGUUUGACAGCGAAAAAAGAUGAAGUAAAGGAAGAAUCAAAGAUUGUUUCAGAUACAUCUGAAAGUGAGAAUAUUUUAGCAAAGAGCGAACAGGAAGUAACAAAAAUGGAGACAACAGUAGAUGUCACAGAAAAUGGUGAAGCUACAGAAACAACUGCGGAAAAAACUACGGUAUCGGAAGCGGUAACAGAAACGGAAGAAACAGUUACGGACGUAAGGAAAGAAGCAACCGCAUCAACUGAAGUAUCCGCAGAGAAGAAUUCAGAAAUAAUUGCAGAAUCUGAAAAAGCCGAUGAAAAGGCCCAAACAAUGGAAACAGAGACUACUGACGCUGAUAAAUGCGAGAAUGAAACUACGCAACAAGAGACAAUAAAAGAAGAGGAGACAGUGAAAGAAGAGAAUGUAGUGGAUACGAAGGACAAAACUACGGUAGAUUCGGAAAAGCAAAAACUCAAUGGAACCACACAAAACGGAAAUACGGAUGUGCCAGUGUUGGAUGAUAAAUUACAUAGUAACGGACUGAAUGAAGGGCCAUCGAAGGAGACAACGAACGAAGACGCGGCGGCGCAAAACGGUGAGCCGGAGAGUUCGUCAGAAAGUAGUGCGGAAUCCAUAAAAGUUAAAAAAGUCGUCGAUUCCGCUGUAGCCGAUGGUGCCGGAGAACCCGACGUUGUUCCUCCUGUAGUUGUAGCGGCGACGUCUUAACUUUGUUCUUAUACAGUUUAAGGAGCCCUUCAUGCAUAACCCCAAUCCACAAGUACUUAUUCGCAGGUAUAAACUGAUAUUAAUUGAAAUCCCAUGUAUACUUUAUGUAAAUCGUACUACGUCAAAAACGUAACGCGCUACUUUAAGAUGCAAUUCGUAAAUCGUUUGUUUUGGCGGCUCUAUAAAGAAAAUAGAAAAAAUAGUAUAAUACGGAAAGACGCUUCAAAUUUUUUUAAUUGUUUAGAUAUCUACAACUAUACAGCUAUUUUGAUGACAAUUUCUAUUUGUACGAUAUCAUUAAUGUUUUACGUUAAUUCUAAAAUAUCCUGCUUUUCUAUAUUGCGAAGGUUGACUUUUUAUCGUUAAUUCUUUCAUGUUUGACUUUUAUGUUUUCAAUUACUAUAAUAAUUUUUACAAAAAAGACAAUGAAUUGUUAUGAUUAAAGUUACAAAACAUUUUUAGUUGUAAUUCGCACGUGGUCGAUCUAGAAGUAAUCAAACGUGUCAUCCGCAUCAAUUACUACGUAUUCUUGAGGGGCUUUUUUCUAAUAUUACUCUACGCGACAUGUCUGACAUCUUUUUUAUACCGCCUAAACAAAACAACUACGCCUAUACAUGAAAACUGAUAGGAUAAGUAAUUUCAAAUAGAGUUGCAGUAUAUUAAAAUAUCGAUUGUAUCUGUGCCAAAUGAAUUUCACAGUUUGAAACCUUGGUUUCUUUAUUUUGUCACUUUAGUAUUUUCUUCCCUUUGAUAAUUUUAUAAAUGAUAUUAAAAGAUCUGGUCGAUGUUUUAUUUUACUGCUACAACAAUAAAACUGACUAAGAAUUAUUUUAAGACUGUAUUGGUAUCGCCUUUAACAGUUGCUGUCUUGUAGAUUAUAUCAUAGAUCUUCGUUGCGCACAGCAUAUUUAACUUUGUGAAUUGAUAAACAAUGCAUUUUAAGUCUGAAUAUUUGUAGAUACAUCGCACAAUAAGCUUCACUCAAUUACGUUAGUUUUGUUCGCGUUUUUUUUUAUGUAAGAUGAUAAAAAAUUGUUUAAUAUUAGAACUUUUUGUAUCGAUACGCUUUCUUCCAUCGUUUUGUCUGCCUAACAUGGUUCGCGUAAUGUAAUUUUCUUUUUAAUGAUUGUUGCAAUACAGAAUCGUUAAAAAUACAGCUAACGUCGCGAAACAAUGGUCAAGGAGCCUAAAAGAGUGUAUUUUAGCUAAUGUAUUCUACAAUUUUGUGAUUUAAUCCGUAAGCUACUGAGUUUUAGAGACGAAUGGCUCUAUAUGGUUACCUAAUUAAACUGAUUCAAUAAUGACAAUUCAAAAAAGUCAUGUAGCCAAUUGGAUCCAUUCUCUUCUAUAUUUAAUUACAUAAUUUAGAAGCAUUCGCGGAAAAGCAUAUCGAUUCGUAGAUUUACUCUGUCAUUCCUAUAAAUUAAUAUUUUGUUACAGUCUACAUGUGCAGAAUGCAUUUAUAUUAUCGCUUUACAAUUAAUCUUAGCAAAUUUAAUGCAUUACUCUGCACUAAAAUGCUUUAAAAACUGCUAUACAUAAAAAUCUCCAAGAGUGUGUAGUAGUUUUUUGGUAUGCACUUUCAUGUAUGUGUACUUACUUGCACAUGAAAUUGCGAUAGAUAAAUAAAUGAUAGUAAAGAUACUUUGUAUCAGCUAGCCAUUUAAAUUAUGGAUGCAAAGCGAUAAUGUAGAUAUAUUAUAUGUAGACUAUUGCUCAUUUUUGUGAUGCUCAACAUGAUUUUAAAACGUAUAUGGAAUCAAUAUUAGAAAAUAAUAAUAGCAGUUAAAGUGAGAUCGUGCUUUCGGCAGAAAAUGAAUUACUAUUAUUUUUACUGUUAUUCGUUAUGUCCAUUCCUAUUAAAUUGACUGUGAUUUAUGAAUAUUGAUAGACAUAGGUUGCUCGAAACAAUGUUAUCAAUACGCGAAAACGAUCGUCUUUGUGAGGUGAUAUUCCAUUGCGAUUAUUUUUAUUCAGAUUUAGUGUGUCCGCGUCUAGUCGAAAUCAGUCAAGAAGUGGCGGAGACUUCUAUAGAUCGAUAGACGAUUUCGCAUUGUUUGCUUUACAUUACGUUCACCGACUAUGCUAGGGAGACGCGAUAAGACGAAAGAAACGCGAGUCUCAUACGUCUACGAUAGUGCACGUAUAACAAAAGCGAACACAGAACCAGAGAGUAAGCACUUGAUAUUUUAUGGUAUAUUUUACUCUUGAUACACCUCGCAUAUUUUAUUUAUAAGUUGUCUUCUCGAAGAGAUGGAUGUUUCGAUACUUGCGACGGAUUGUAUUAUUUUCGUCAUAUCACUCGAAGUAAUCAAGACAAAAGCAAACUCCCAUGCUUUUUAUUAUGUUCAUUAUGUGGCACCAAUAGUUUAAAAUUAGCGAUCGAAUCAUUUUUUAUACCUAUGAUGGCACAGAUAAAUGACUCAAUCACUUAUCUAUACCAUCGAAUGUAUACACGUCCUUAUAACGAUUUUAAAAUUGAUAUAGCGAGAAUGGCAAGUGUUAUGUCCUAUGAUCGUAUAAGUUGACUAAUAAAUCGAAUGGCGGAAAAAAAAAGA